GGAGCUGAGCUAAAUAGGGAGCGCGUCCCACUAGACGUUAUCAGGCUGCAUGGAGGCGCACUUCCGUCCCGCAUAAUUCGGUUUAGGGAAGCAGGUGCAGGGAAGGGGACUGAAGCGUCACCUCAGAGAAAGCAAUAUAUUUGAUUUACCGAGCGUUUAAUUGAUACCUGGACGCUGGCUCGGAAGAUGGUAGCAAAACAGAGAAUCCGCAUGGCAAACGAGAAGCACAGCAAAAACAUCACUCAGAGGGGGAACGUGGCGAAGACCCUGCGACCGCAGGAGGAGAAAUACCCGGUGGGGCCAUGGCUUUUGGCACUCUUUGUAUUUGUUGUUUGUGGAUCAGCCAUCUUUCAGAUAAUUCAAAGUAUCCGAAUGGGAAUGUGAGUCCCAGCGUUCCUCACAUGCUCUGCUCUACAUCUGAAUGAGAUUUUUGGGUGACUGGAUACAAUCUGAAGGAAGAGUGAUCUGUGAAAUCCUGUUUGUAUGCUCAGCUGGAUCUAGUGUACAAUUCUACAUGACAUUGUCACAUGUUUACAGUGUCCCUGGACGAAGGGAGCACAUGCUUUUCUACAAAACCACUGUUGCGGUUGACACAUCUUUUCAUUUUUGUCAUAUUUGUGAUUGAUGAU